AUUCACUCUGUUGAAGGAAAACUAUUAUGUCCGAGGCACGCCGUAGGGUUUGCUCUCUCUACAAAAAGCCCUAGUCCUUGUAACACACAACACAUUGAACAGUGAACACGCACAUUAUUAGGAUCUCCCUUCUUGAAUCUCUAAGGUAAGCUCUCUCAUAAACCCACAAUCUUUCAUAAACCCUGUUAUCCGUUUGCACCAGAAAGAUCACAUAUUCUGCCGAAUAAGCCUAUUUGAGAAAGGAAAGGAAGAAAGAAGACAGAUUAUUGGAAGAAUCUAUUUGGGCAAGUGAGAAGGAACCGAAGCAAAAAUCGGUUCUGGGUAUUGGGUUUUGAGCUAUUUAUGUGAUUAUGGAUGAUCUUGAAAAGGCAAUAUUAAUCAGUUUUGAUGAAUCGGGUGCUGUUGAUUCGACGCUAAAGUCACAAGCAGUUUCAUUUUGUGGACAAAUUAAAGAUACCUCCUCGAUAUGUAGUAUAUGUAUCGAGAAACUCUGCUUUUGUGAGCUGGUUCAGGUCCAGUUUUGGUGUUUACAAACUCUUCACGAGGUUAUUAGAGUGAGAUACUCAUCUAUUAGUGUAGAAGAGAAAGACUUCAUAAGGAAAUCCGUGUUCUCCAUAGUGUGUGUUGAUGGUAAAAACCCUAUUAGGGUUUUAGAGGGUCCUGCAUUUAUAAAGAAUAAGCUUGCUCAAGUCUUGGUUACUCUGAUUUAUUUUGAAUACCCCUUAAUUUGGUCGUCUGUGUUUUUGGAUUUCUUGCCUCACUUGAGCAAAGGGGCAUUGAUUAUGGAUAUGUUUUGUCGCCUUUUGAAUGCAUUGGAUGAUGAAGUGAUUAGUUUGGAUUACCCACGUACACCUGAUGAGGUGGUAGUGGCAGCGCGGGUUAAGGAUGCAAUGAGGCAGCAAUGUGUGCCUGAGAUAGUUAGAGCGUGGUACAACAUUCUGACAAUGUGUAGGAAUUCUGAUCCGGAGCUAUGUACUAGUGUCUUAGAUACUAUGAGCAGAUAUAUUUCUUGGAUUGAUAUCGGGCUGAUUGCAAAUGACGCAUUUAUUCCCUUAUUGUUUGAUUUGAUUUUGGCUGAUGGAUUGGCAGAACAACUGCAGGGUGCAGCUGCAGGCUGUCUCUUGGCUGUGGUUUCUAAGAGGAUGGAUCCACAAUCAAAAUUAUCACUCUUGCAAAGUCUUCAGAUUAAUCGGGUUUUUGGACUGAUAUCCAGAGAUAGUGAUUCCGAGUUGGUUUCAAAAUUAGCUGCAUUGCUCACUGGGUAUGCAGUAGAAGUUCUUGAGUGCUUCAAACGGGUUAGUUCAGAGGAUGCAAGGGGUGUUUCAGUAGAGCUCUUAAACGAAGUUUUACCCUCAGUUUUUUAUGUAAUGCAGAACUGUGAGAUAGACACAACGUUCAAUAUUCUGCAAUUUCUUUUGGGUUAUGUUGGCACAAUGAAGAGUCUCGCUCCACUGAAGGAGAAACAACUGCUUCAUCUGGGUCAGAUAUUGGAAGUGAUUCGUGCUCAGAUUCUUUACGACCCAAUAUACCGUGAUCAUCUUGAUGUACUGGAUAAGAUUGGAAGAGAGGAGGAAGAUCGAAUGGUGGAGUUUAGAAAAGACUUAUUUGUGUUGCUGCGGACCGUGGGUCGUGUGGCACCUGAAGUUACUCAGAUGUUUAUCAGAAACUCACUAGCUGCUGCUACUGCUUCUACAACGGAAAGAAAUGUUGAAGAGGUGGAAGGUGCACUUUCCCUCUUGUAUGCAUUUGGAGAGUCGAUAGGCGAUGAGGCAAUGAGAACAGGAAGUGGGCUCUUGGGUGAAUUGGUGGUGAUGCUUUUGUCAGCUAGCUUUUCUUGCCAUCCUAAAAGGGUUGUUGCGCUUGUGUAUUUGGAGACAGUAACAAGAUAUUUGAAGUUUGUCCAGGAGAAUAACCAGUAUAUUCCUAUGGUUCUGGCAGCCUUUCUUGAUGAGAGGGGCAUUCGCCAUCCAAAUAUCCAUGUGAGUCGCAGGGCAUGUUAUUUGUUCAUGAGGGUUGUGAAAGUGCUGAAAGCAAAGCUUGUGCCUUUCGUAGAGACAAUUGUUCAGAACCUGAAAGAUACAGCCGCCCGUUUCACAAAUAUGGAUCAUAUUUCCAAAGAACUUUCAGGAUCUGAAGAUGGUAGUCACAUUUUUGAGGCAAUUGGUUUAUUGAUCGGGAUGGAUGAUGUACCCCUAGAAAGGCAAUCGGAUUAUCUCUCUUCACUGCUAACUCCUCUCUGUCAGCAGGUUGAGGUAUUGCUCUCAAAUGCCGAUGUACUGAAUCCAGAAGACGCUUCAAUAGAAUUUACAAAUAUCCAGCAAAUAGUCAUGGCAAUUAAUGCUCUUAGCAAGGGGUUUAGUGAGCGUCUCGUAACUGCUAGUCGCCCUGCAAUAGGUCUUAUGUUCAAGCAGACAUUGGAUAUUCUUCUUCGAAUUCUAGUUGUGUAUCCUAAGGUAGAGCCUCUGCGAACCAAGGUCACAUCAUUCAUUCACCGCAUGGUGGACACUUUAGGAGCAUCUGUAUUUCCUUACCUCCCAAAGGCAUUAGAGCAAUUGCUUGCAGAAAGUGACCCAAGGGAAAUGAUCAAUUUUCUUGUAUUAGUUAAUCAGCUUAUAUGCAAAUUCAGCACCUUAUUUCAUGAGAUAUUGGAGGAAAUAUACCCUGCAAUCGUUGGUAGGAUAUUCUCUGUCAUCCCAAGGGAUGCAUUUCCCUCAGGGCCUGGAACGAACACCGAGGAACUCCGUGAAUUGCAAGAGCUGCAGAGGUUAUUAUACACAUUUCUUCAUGUGAUAGCUACACAUGAUCUGUCCUCGGUUUUCCUUUCCCCAAAAAGUAGGGGAUACUUGGAUCCAAUGAUGCAAUUGCUACUGCGCAGUGCAUGUGAUCAUAAGGACAUUCUUGUAAGAAAGGCAUCUGUGCAGAUAUUUAUUAGAUUGAUGAAAGAUUGGUGUGCCAAAUCACAUGUUGGGGAAAAGGUGCCUGGAUUUCGAAGUUUCAUGAUAGAAGCUUUUGCAAUAAACUGCUGUUUGUACAGCGUCAUUGACAGAACCUUUGAGUUCCGUGAUGCAAAUACUCUUGCUUUGUUUGGAGAAAUUGUGAUGGCUCAGAAGGUCAUGUUGGAGAAGUUUGGUGAUGAUUUCCUUGUUCAUUUUGUAUCAAAAGGCUUUCAAACCGCACAUUGCCCGCAAGAUUUGGUAGAGCUGUACUGUCAGAAGCUGCAGGGAAAUGAUAUUAAGGCGUUGAGAUCAUUCUACCAGUCACUGAUUGAAAAUCUAAGACAGCAACAGAAUGGAAGCCUUGUCUUCAGAUAGCAGUGUAGCGAUAGAUGAAUGUUGUAAUUCAUAAAUGUCCUAUGGAAUUCUUUUUUUCUGGCAAUCUACUUCUCGUAGCCAAAGGAUUUCUUUCUGUAAAUAGCCUUUUGUACUCCUACUCCAUGGACAACGAGUUGUAUAUUUGCGGAAGAGUUUCCUGUCAAUUAGUUUACAGCCAUGGGCUUCAAGGUGCUGAUCCGAAUCGAGGUUUUUGCGCGAGAGAGAAAGAGGGUGUUCGUAGUUUUUGCUUGAUGGUUGUCUUUCUUUUGGACGCGAUUGGAGGGUUACACUUACAUCUCGUAGUCUAGUUUCAGAAAUGGCUACCAUUUUUUCAUUGGCCCUAUGUGAAAAAAAUGAAACAAAUGCAAGGUUUUGCUUUUUCUUAA